CACUAUCUCAUAACAAACACAUCAGUGCUCAAUACAGUCAUGAAAUUCCUUAUCACCCUAACAUUCGCUUCCAUAGCAACAGCAGCACGGUUAGACACCUACCUGCCACCAAACAAGGGAGCAAAUAGUAUAAACACAGGCCUCCAAACGCCCCUAAGAGCAGACACCUCAGACUCAGGCCCCUACGUUUCACAGUCCAAGAACUACGCUGGUCAGUCCAAAACUUACCCUAGUCAAAAUCAGAACUAUGCCAGUCAAGGCCAAAACUUCGGAAGCCAGUCCACGAACUACGAAUCUCAGGACCAGAACUACGGCAGUCAGGCCCAGAACUACGCGAGUCAAGCUCAGAUCUUGAGGUACGAAAAUGAAAUCGACGACAAAGGAUGGCACUACGCGUAUGAAACCAGUGAUGGUACUAAGGCUGAACAAGAUGGUCGCAUUCUCCCUGGCGCUCAACCUGAAGAAGGUUCCCUAACAGUGACAGGCUCAUACACCUACAUCGGGGAUGAUGGUCAAACCUACACCGUCACCUAUACUGCUGAUGAGAACGGCUUCCACCCCAGUGGCGACCACUUGCCAACCCCGCCACCGAUACCUGAGGAGAUCUUGAAGAGCUUGCAGCUGACUGCCGCUGGUGGUGAUGUUUCAGGUUACGACAGUCAGAAAAGCAGCUAUGAUGCUGACGCAACGGGGUACUAACUGCUAUCAAAGUUCUUCACCUAUCAUCGUCGAAAUCCCACCAAAGCACACGAAGCAAAGCUAUUUCCUUUUUACCCGACUGGGGCGAAGCUAAAAAAAAGGUUAUGAUUAUGGUAUAUGACC